GAACUUGCUAGAUUAAAAUGACCUCUCUUGCAUCCGUACAUUCGGCUCGUUAGACACAAUCCUCAGCCUGUAUGGAGAAAGGUCAAGGUACUUUCUUUGAGGAUUCAGGAUCACUACCUCAGCAAACCGUUAGAGAAAACAAAUUCACAGGCCAUUCGUAUCCUACGGGGGAGAUCCUGGUCAUUGGAGACAUUUUCCAGUUCACGCUCGAUGUGAGUGAAUUUUCUCCAGAGGAUGUUAUCAUCACAUUCUCCAAUAACAUGAUAGAGGUGCAUGCAGAGAAGCUGGGAGACGAUGGCGCAGUCACAAACACUUUUUCCCACCAAUGCAAACUACCAUCGUCAGUGGACCCGGAAUCUGUGACCAUGACCAUGGACAGCAGCGGUUUCCUGACUAUCAGAGCACACAGGUUACAGUAGCUCCUGAUGUUUGAUGUCUCUUCUCUGCCUUUGACAUGUCAACGCUGGAGUUUUGGCGACAUCUGGCGGCGCCUGAAGGAAUCAACCAGUGCAUCAUUCAUUUGGUGUGCUUGAACACAGCAACACAGCAAAUAGUAUUUUAAAAGUGUGAUUUUCUUGUUAACAUCAUGUGACAUUUAAAGAGGACAGCACAGAAACCUGCAAAUGAUUGUUGAAAUAAACAUUUGUUAACAGA